AUGCUCUUCAGCUCUGACGACGACUCGUGGAGCUUAAACACGCCUAGCCUCGACGCCGCCGCGGAAAGCUUAGACGAGAGCGACUUGGAGACGUCGGCCGCUGGGUCCUCUAUCCCAUCCAGCAUGCCUAGCCUCGAGGCCGCUACGGAGAGCUCAGACGAGAGAGAGUCGGGCUCGUCAGCCGCCGAGUCCUCUAAUCCAUACGGCGCGUCUAGCCCUCUCCCUCCUUCAGAAAAGGUCGUACGCCGAGGGCGAGACUCGUAG